CUGUCCUGUCACUUGGAAACAGCACGGCCACGGCUAAGGGACUUGAAUGCUGAACUGUACAAGCCGAAUGGACUAAUACUGAGGACUGUAUAUGCACUGAAAGAAGAAGAAGAGCCGUGCUGUUUUUCCGCAUUUAUGUUUACGUACGGAGACGUCCAGCUCUCAGUGCGCUGAGCAGCUAAACUCGUAAAUAAUCUCUUCGCUCGAGAUUUGUUGACAACACGUGAAUGAGUGAAGACAUUAUGACGUUAGGAGAAGCUGACGUGCGCAGUUGGUGUGUGUUCUGCUUCUCGGCGAUGUGAGUGAAGCCGUGAAAGUGACCGCUGGCUGUUCAAAAGAGAAAAACUCCCAAACUGUAUUUGGAAUAAAAUUCUAGUCUACUGGAUGUUACAGUGAGUUAAGGAAACCUGGCUGAGUGCUCUGUGCUGGUGCGUCCACUCAGGUGAAAGGUGUCUGAGUUUCCCUGGACUUGUUCAUGGCAAGCCAAGCCUGGCUGGAGUCCUCUCUGCGGCGGUCUGCCAGUCUGGGUCUGGAGGUGCUGGAGCGGGCCUCCAGGCGGAGUGUAGACUGGACAAGCACUGGAGCUCCCCAGACCCCCACUGCUACAGAUGAAGACGCAGAAAUCCCUGUCAAGAGGACACACACAGAGCUCGACGAUGUGUUUGCAACCAUCGCAGACCUCAUGGCGCAGAUGACCUAUCAGUGCAGGAGGUUUUAUGAGUCCGGCUGUUGCACUGAGCCCACUGACACUGAGAGGAGCCACGUGUCCAGGUUCCACACUCGGCCGGCUGCUGGGACGACGACCCCUGCGCUGUCAGCCAGAAAACACGCAAGAGCUCCAGGCCACAAAGGACGUGUGUCGGCAGCAGGCGAAGACUUCUUCAUCGAGGUUUCCCCGGGGACGUACACCGUCACUGCCAGCACGUCCCAGUCUCAGCAGCAAACUCAGCUGGUCAGCGUCAAAGCUGGAGAGAGCGUCAACCUCACCUUUAAUCUCUGACGCCUCGCCGGACCAAAGCCGUCACCUCCAACCUUCAAUAACUAAACGGAGCGAUGCUAAUUAUGCUCGUUGUGUGUUUGUUGCCUGUUUUUUAAACUGCUUUCUGCAUUAAGAGUUUUUUAUUUUGCUAUUGAAAUGUUUUAUAUGCUGCAUAUUGAUAAGCCAUAUUUUACUGCGUCUUACUUGAGUAUUUUAUUAUGUAGAUUGUGUGUCCAAUUUCUAUCCUAGAACAUCAUGUAAUGCAGUAUUUUUACAUGCACUAACACCGCAUCAGUGUAUUGAAAUAAAGUAUUUGUAUUAUCUCUU